UGAAUUAUAAUAGGUUAGUCGAGCACGAAAAUGCACCAGUCGUGACUCUCCUUGAGCCCUUCUUUUCCUCUCUGUUCCUCCCUUGCACUACUACACUCUGCUUCCUUCCUCCUCCCCCUCCACAUUCUCUCUCCCCUGCACACUGCACAUGUUCAAGCAACAGCCCUGAUGAAAGUAGACGCAGAGCCUUCAUCCUCAAAUACGACUACCGUUGCGUAUGAAACAGCAGCUGUGAACGUUCCCCACAACCACAAACCCUUCCCAUUCAUGCUGCUGUCAAGCCGACAAGAAGAGGAAGAGGAAGAGGAAGAGGAAGAGGAAGAGGAGGGGAGGAAGGAGGACGAGGGCGAGGAGGAGGAGGAGGAGGAGAAGGAAGGAGGAGGAAGAGGGGGAGGAAGAGGAGGAGGAAGGAGGAAGAGGAGAAAAGGAGGAGGAGGAGGAGGAGGAGAAAAGGAGGGGGGAGGAAGAGGAGGAGGAAGAGGAGGAGGAGAAAAGGAGGAGGAGGAGGAGGAGGAGAAAAGGAGGGGGGAGGAAGAGGAGGAGGAGGAGGAGGAGGAGGAGGAGGAGGAGGAAGAGGAGAGGAAAAGGAGGAACAGGAAAAGGAAGAGGAGGAAGAAGAAGAAGAAGAAGAAGAAGAAGAAGAAGAAGAAGAAGAAGAAGAAGAAGAAGAAGAAGAAGAAAAAGAAGAAGACAAAAACGACCACAGCAAUGAAGAAGAAGAGUAAGAUAGAGAAGAAGAGGGAGAGGAAGAGGAAGAGGAAGACGAAGACGAGAAUACUGAAAGAUACGUGACUUGGAAGGUUACUUAAAACCCAUCCCAUCUUCUCCUCUCUGCUCCUCCUCCUCUUGUACUCUGCUCUCCGUCUGCACACUAUCAGAGAGGACUAGGUGAGAUGAAAUGGACUGCAGCCUCUCUUAGUCCUCGUGUAAUAUGGACUACGGUCCCACGUAAUCGACUACAACCACAGCUACAAAGCAACUAAAUCUCCGAACACAACCAUAACAACAACCCCCUCUCACUCAACUGAAUUUCUGCUGUACAUUACACACAUCAGCGGCCUCAGCGGUGACAAUGACACAUCUUCGCAAGCUUCCUUGGGCACACCGUCAUCAUCCGAUCAUCAUCAUAUCAUCACAAUAUCGCAUCAUCACAUCAUCAUCAUCAUCAUCAUCAUCAUCAUCAUCAUCAAUCAUCCUCUUCUUUUCUCUUCUUUGACUUCUUUCUUCCUUCCUGUUUUUCUUCUCCUUCUUGUGCCGUUCUAUUCUCAACUUCUUGUUUUUUUUCUGUUCUUUCCUUUUCUCUAUCUAUCUUCUAUCUACCUUUUUACAAACACAAUUACCUCCCUUUCUCCUAUGCCUCCCCUCUUCCCCUCCUUCCUUUUUUUCCCCCCACCAUGUCCCUCCUCCAGUUUCUCAUCUUGGACGAAUACCGUCACAAUGGGAUACGUUCUCCUGUGCGCUGCAGUCUACAUCGCUUUCGCUGUAGAUAAUGACCACUGACGCGACGCCAAGGCAAUCAAUCUGUAAACAAAGC